AUGAGGAAAGGUAAUGUGAUAGCUAAUGUCCUCUUCGGUGUCUGCGAUGACAAUGACGCCGAGAAGCUGUUUAUUUAUAAAUCUGAGUUCCAAAAUUUCAAAGAUUCAGCUGUUCACAUCUUAGAUUCGCAAACAAAAGUUAUUCGAAAUACCAUAUAUGACAUAAAUGCGGCUAUAUACUUAGCUAGCAAACAAACUAAAUUGGUUGAAAUAAAAGAAAAGGCGAAUGCAAAAAAUGUUCUAACAUUACACAAACAAAUUACCGACGCUCAAGCAAAUAUUAUGCUUCUAGUAAAACUACUGGCGUUGGAAUCGGAAGAUUUGGUAACAACAAUAAACUAUGCGUUUCUGGGGCAUUUGCAAUCGAAUCUGUUGAAUCCCAAGACCAUAUCAGAACAACUCCAAAGCAUCAAAGGAAUACUCCCACCGAACACAGAGUUUCCAAUACGCACCACAGCCAACAGCAUAGCUAACUUUUUCAUCAUAACCAGAGUUACUAUCGUUCAGUAUAUAAAAAACCUGAUGUUUACCGUUAGAAUACUAAUAUCGAAUGGAAUGUAUUUUCUCCUGUAUGAAAUUAUCCCACUUCUUAUAAGUAUGUCUCAAAACACAUCAGUUAUGCUACAACUCAUAGAAACAAGAGCAGCUCAAAAUCUAUAA